CGAGAGAGUUAAAUACAUUCGAACCGCCAGCCAAGUAGCGAACAGCCGAGCGGCGCCAGUAAAGUUCUGGCUCAUGAGUAUCCGUUGAGCCUGAGAUAUUGAUAGCUGCCUGAGAUUCAAAGAUCAACGCCCACAGCACAAAUGAAACUCUACACCGACUCUACUCCGAAUGGGAUCAAAGUGAGCAUGGCUUUGGAAGAAUUAGGGCUUCCUUACGACGUGGAACACAUCGACAUAAGUAGUCGCCGGCAGAAAGAGCCCUGGUUUCUCGAGAUCAAUCCCAAUGGCCGGAUUCCUGCAAUAGUCGACACACUCGAGGACGGCAAGCAGAUUAGAAUCUUCGAAGGUGGAAGCAUCUUACAAUAUUUGACUGAACGUUAUGAUUGCGAGUACAAGUUGUCGUUCCCGCCAGGAACUGCAGAGUAUUGGGAGUGUAAGAGCUGGUUGUUCUUUCAGCACGGAGGUAUCGGGCCGAUGCAAGGACAAGCGGCACACUUCUUGCGUUAUGCGCCCACCAAAAUCCCGUACGCGGUCGACAGGUACGUCACAGAAACGAAGCGUCUCUACAAGGUACUCGACACACAACUCGAAAAGUCAAUCUCCGGAUUCCUAGUCGGCGAUCAUGUGUCCAUCGCGGACGUCGCGGCAUUGUCGUGGGUGAUUUAUGGAAAAUAUGUCGAGGUUGAUAUGGACGACUUUCCGAGUCUGGAGAGAUGGGAAUCUAUGAUGAGCGAAAGGCCUGGUAUACAAAGAGGUUUUCAUGUGCCCAAACCCUUGGCAGUCAAGAGUAAUGACCCCAAAGCUCUCGAAGCAUACGCACAGCAUAAUACUACUUGGAUUCUGGAGGGAAUGGAACAAGACAGACGAGCUCUCGGGAAACGUGGCCUAUGAAUCUUGGAGUUGGCGUGUGGAUGCGCCGAUUGAUCGUAUACAACAUUAUGGCAAAACCCGUGUAGCAUGAAGUCUAAGAGUUUUCUAGUACUUCAUACCUGGUCGCCUAAACGGAAUAGAGACCGGAUUGGCAAUACGGGCAGGAAAGGCUAGUGCUGUCAAAAACAUCUAUAAUGCUACCGAUACAGCAUGAGGAUGGAGUUCUACGGGCUUGAUCUUUUGGAGCAUACAGUAUUAGCUCCUCAUCUUGAGUUUGUUGCUCUCGACACUGCAGUGUAUGGCUUCGAUCCGCUCCUGGAAACAGGUCCCCACAAAUAGGAUUCAUAAAUCCAUCCUCAGCUAGAAUGAAUAGAGA